AAUCCCCAGGCUUUUGUGUUGUCAAUAUUUAUUGAAUACAGCAGACAAAGCUUGUCGCUGAUAUGGACAAGUCGGAUCUCUUCAAUGAAGGCAAACGUCAGUCCGGUUGUUGCGCGGCUGCUGUAGCUCAGAAGCAAGAGCAAUUCGAAGAUUGCGGGAUGAAAAGCAGUUCCAAGAGCAUUCGCAGUCCUGAACUCCACUCAGGCUCCUCGGAAGCACCAGUCGAGGAACAGAAGAGUCCUUUUUUUGGUCCUGGAGACACGGAGAACGGUGCCGAUCGCCGGGGCAGCGCUUCUGUGCAGGACAAAAUCAACAUCGCCGACCAACUCAGUACCAUGACCAAGACAAUCGCGACCAGCCAGUGCGGGCGAAGUUGCUGUUCUAAAUCUGUUGGCUUCAAAACCAAAACGCGCAUCAAGUCCAGCGAGACAAUAGUCACGACUGAGGAAUUUCGAACAACAGAUGGUCAGGAGGAAACCUGUCAGCUAGAAAAUCCGAAUCUUUCUAUUGCCGCUGGGGAGUUCAGUUGCAACGAAGACAAGCUUGAAAAACAUGCUCCGGAGCGUGCCGCAAUAGAGUCAGGCGAAGACGAAGACUUGGAAUGCUGCGCUGGCAAGAAAAAACCUUGCUGCAAUGAGUCCUGCAUUGACCGCAUACUUGCUGGCGAGCGCAAGAAUUACAUGGAAAAUGGCCAGACAACACUGGCUAGGGCUACUCUCGCCCCUUCGACAUCCUAUGAUGCCAACCAGUAUUGCCCCAAUGGUAUCAGUACUCGUCAAUUCUACCAGGAUCUGCUCAAGAGCCUAGGCUGCCUCUGUCGCACUCUUAAAAGUCGAGGUGAGCCUCCAUGCUGCGCCCCUCCGCUUCGAUCUUCACCGGAAACUUUUAGAGCAACCACUGUCGAUCUACCCGGGAAUCGAAUGGGCCAGAGACAGUGCAGGAAAAAGCUGACAACAGCAUCUUUGGCAAGCUGUGCUUUGGCUGACCACCCAUGUGCCGGCUCCUGCUGCGAAACCGAAGAGCCAAACCCUGUCAAGGCCUCCUCCACUGAGCUAGAGUUAGGUGCUGCCCAUCUGGAGGGCGGAUUUUCAAAGUCCACCCACGUAGCUCUCAGUGUGUCCGGCAUGACCUGUGUUGGCUGCGAGAACAAGCUUCAACGCUCCUUGGCUAGCAUCAAAGCGAUUCGGAAUCUCAGGACCAGCCUCAUACUUUGCCGAGCAGAGUUCGACUUGGACUUGCGUUCUGAGUCUGUGGCCAGCGUUAUUCGGCAGAUUGAGCGGAUGACAGAGUUCAAGGUCGAAGAAAUAAGGCAAGAAGGCUCUGAGAUUGAGGUAUGCCCACCAGAUACUCGAGCAUUUGUCCAACAGGAGCUGCCAAAAGGUGUCCUCGCCAUUGAGGCUGUUGACAAAACCACGGCAAAGAUACGGUUUGACUCGUCUGUCGUCGGGGCGCGUAAUCUUAUCGAACACAGCUUCGGUCGACCUCUGAAGCUGGCCCCGAUCAAACCUGAUCCAGGUCUCACAGCGGGUAGCAAACACGUCCGUCAUGUCGGCGUCAUGACCUUGCUCUCAACCAUGUUGACCAUUCCAGUUCUCCUCCUUGCUUGGGCUCCAGUUCACGCGCAUCCUGUUGUGUCCGGGAGCGUGUCGCUAGCGCUGGCAACGGUAGUGCAGUUAGCCAUAGCCGGCCCGUUUUACCCUACUGCUUUGAAGAGUCUAAUUUUCUCGCGCAUGAUUGAAAUGGAUCUGCUGAUCGUGAUCAGUACGAGUGCAGCAUACAUAUUCUCGGUAGUUUCCUUCGGAUACACCGUUGCCAACAAACCUCUUGCUACUGGAGAAUUCUUCGAGACUAGCACUCUUCUCGUCACUCUUAUCAUGGUUGGUAGAUUCGUCAGUGCCCUCGCCCGCCAGAAAGCCGUCGAGUCUGUUUCCGUACGUUCUUUGCAGACUCCUACAGCUGUAAUAGUCAAUGAGCAGGACUCCUCCAAAAGAGAGAUUGAUGCGCGCCUCCUCCAGUAUGGUGAUUUGAUUUGCGUCGCUCCAGAAACACGGGUCCCAACUGAUGGCACAGUAGUAUCUGGCACUUCCGUAACAGAUGAGUCCAUGAUAACCGGUGAAUCUUCUCCAGUGGCGAAGCAACCAGGUUCCACUGUGAUUGCUGGCUCAGUCAAUGGUUCUGGCGUUCUUAACAUUCGACUCAAUCGCCUGCCAGACAGCAACACCAUCAGCGCUAUAGCAACAAUGGUUGAUGAAGCGAAACUUUCUAAACCAAAGAUUCAAGAUGUCGCCGAUAAAUUCGCAAGAUAUUUCGUGCCAAUUGCAAUUGCGAUUGGCAUGAUUGUCUUUCUGAUCUGGAUCGCGGUCGGUAUAAAGGUCCGCGGUUACAACAGUUCACGAGCAGUAAUUGAGGCAUUGACUUACGGUAUCACUCUCAUCAUCCUCUCGUGUCCGUGUGCAAUUGGGCUUGCUGUCCCCAUGGUGAUUAUGAUUGCCAGUGGUGUAGCUGCAAAACACGGCUUUAUAUUCAAAAAUGCAACUACAAUUGAGGUUGCGAGGAAGAUAACACAUGUAGUUUUCGACAAGACUGGUACGUUGACACAAGGCAAGAUGAAAGUAACGGCGAGCAAAUACUUUGAGACCGACGAGGUAGAUAGGGUUACGACCGCAGGUGCAGUGCUCUCGCUUCUCUCAAGCGUCAAACAUCCCGUGGCUAUCGCAGUCAGGAAUUAUCUUGAAGAUCAUACUACACCGCAUAUCGCAGCCUUCGAUGUCAUUGCGCUUCCCGGAAAAGGCGUCGAAGGCAAUAUUAGUGGCCGGAGUGUCAAAGCUGGCAACUCUCGCUGGCUUGGUCUCAGUGGCAGGCCUGAGGUACAGGAUUACCUUUCCCAAGGCUACACAACAUUUUGCGUCACGGUCGACAACCACUUGGCUGCAUUAUUUGGUCUAGAGGACGUUUUGCGGCCUGAUGCUGCUCGCACAGUCUCGGGGCUCCAGCAACGAGGCAUAUUAGUCUCCAUCGUUAGCGGCGACGAUGAAGGACCUGUUUCUGCCUUGUCACGCCGACUCGGCAUCACAAGCUACAAAUCUAGAUGUACCCCUGGAGACAAGCGGGAAUUCAUGAAAGACCUCAAUGCCCUCGGAAAGUCUACGACAGUGUUUUGUGGAGACGGCACGAACGACGCCGUUGCCCUUGCUCAAGCCACAAUUGGCGUACACGUGAACGAAGGAACGGAUGUCGCGCAAGGCGCUGCGGAUGUCGUUCUUGUUCGAUCUUCGCUUAAGGAUCUUCUGACUCUUAUCGAUCUUUCCAAGGCGGCAAUGUGGCGGAUCACAUUGAACUUCGGCUGGGCGUUCGCGUACAACGCCAUUGCCAUUCUGCUUGGUUCAGGAGUACUUGCAAAUGCAAGGAUUCCACCACAGUUUGCUGGGCUGGGCGAACUUGUCUCCGUCCUACCGGUUAUUGCUAUUGCGGUGCAGCUGAGGUGGGCGAGUUUCCAGAAGCCAGACUAAGAAUUAAAGUGCCAAAAAGGACGAGACUCGAGGAAUAUCGCACAAUUGUGUUUUUUAAUCGUCGUGGGCCAUUAUCACGUGCGAUUAAGGGGGAGAUUGGGAGCUUUACAGCCUCCGAGGAACAGUGUAGGCGCUUUCUUUUGUUUUUCAUAAACCAGCAGACUUAUUCGGAUGAUCUACUCAAGACCUUCAUUUAUAUUUUGCUCAACAAAUAAGUAUAUCUAAAUCAACAAUUCUCAUGUUCCG